AUGGACGAAAAUGACAAGUCCUUGCGCGCUGCUUCCAGGAAGGAGGAGCUUGAUGCUCUCUUCGAGAGUCUCUCGCCCUUCGAUAUCCUUUACCUGAGAAAGAAGAUUUCCGAGACAACGAUCACCCUUGCAGGCCUAGAGAAGCUACCACCUGAGAUGGUCUGUGAGAUAUUGAAGUACUUCGACUUUGAAGAUUACCGCGCUUGCCUUGCGGUAAGCAAGAGUUGGAAGACUAAGUUCGGUCAGAAAGAAACAAUGGCUCAAGCCUUAAACACAUUCUUCCCUGGCCUUAUCCCUAUGAACCCCAAUGAUCACCCUCAAAAGCUCUUCUCGAUGGAACUAGCUAAGCACCUCAAGUGGAGGUACCCUCACGAUAGUCGAACCUGGACACCUUGGGACUUGUCAACCACCAAUUUCUUUUCCCGCCAGACUGCCGCAGUCCACUCCCAGGGCAUUCCUUGGGCUUUUCUCUACAAUAAGGGAAAGCUGGUGUGGCAGCUGUCGACCCAUAUCAUCAUAGUCGAUGAUAUCAGAAAAGCAAAUCGGGAGAGAUUCGCCCCUCUUGCUAGUGCCAUGAGAGGCGCGCGAUUCCAAGCGGCCGCAAUCAGCGACUACUUCCUGAUCCUUCUCGAGCUCCUGCCAGGUUUGAACAAAAUCCAUGUUGCCAAGAUGGAUACCAGGGGGGCUUGGGCUGAGCUCACCCUUCCCGCUGGUCUCGACCACGCAUAUGUAGAUCUGAAAAAGAUGUUCUUUGUCACCACAAAUGGAAAAAUCUUUAGCUACAGCUGGCGUGAGUCUCUACAAGAAGUAGACCUGUCCGUAAUUGGACACCCCUUUGGGCCACAGCCAGGCUGUUAUGGCUUGGCGCAAGUGUUACCACAUCCUCAACAUGAUGAUGUUUUCUUCGCUGUCUGGGCUCUCUCCCACCCCGCUCGUGGCCUGAAUCUCUGUACCCUGAAGGUGGUCAAGUUCAAAGACGGAAAGAUUGCUGCCAUCAAGACGAAGGCAAUCCCAAACCCGUUGCAGAACCCCCAGGAGGGGUGCAGCGAUCUCACUCAACUUGCUAUAACCUUCUCCGCCCGCAAGUCAGACGACCACGGCACCUACACCCUAGCCACCUACCGCUUCCAGGGCGUCGAGAAGAGGAAGCUUGAGCUCUGCGGCUGCUGUGAGCCUAAGACCUUGAAGGGCGAUUGGAACGUGAUCACCUUCAACCUCUUCACAGAGGCUUUUGCCGACUACGAAUUUCUCUCCGCAGACUCGGACCUCCGGUAUAACGGCGACCCUACGGCUAUGCGAGGCCAAAGGAAUGUUAACAGAUUAACGGACACCCAUUUUUGGAAGGGUGAUCUAGUCCUUGCGUCGUCAAUCACCUACGAUGAAUUAGGACCUCACGAGUACGCUGAAUACUAUACAGAGACUCAUUUGGAGACUCUCCGACCCUUGGAUGCACCAGCAGCGCCAGUGCCCCAAUGGAGACCCAUGAGACACGCCGACCCUGGGCAGGUGCUGCGUACAAAGGUGUUCCAGGACGACGACUUUGUUAUUGUGCCGAGCCUCGGCGGGCUAGCUCUGUACAAGCCACAGAGACAGGCCCAAAACCCGGGGACCUUGUUUGAUCACACCCUACCAUUCCAGGAUAUGGGUCAAGAAAAUCUGCCGCUCAGGUUUCAAUUCUGGCAGAACGCCAGAUUUAUCGAACUUAAGCACGAGGACGAUCCGGAGGAAGGGGACGAUGAAGAUGGGGAUGUUGGCGGGGACGACGGGAAUUGA